CAGCCAGCUGAAAGCCAAAGAGCUCCUCUGUCCGUCUCCCACUGAUCAAGCUUUAAGACACAACUUUCCUCAGAGAAACUGAGACUUUACUCCAAAGGAAGCAUUCACUUGAGUCUAAAGGCACUUCCAAAGGAGAAGGCGUGACAGAGAAGAGCAACGGAACAAGUGAAUCAUCAGCACCUUUAAGGUGCUCCUGUCACAGCUGAGUGGAGUUCAGGUUUUCCCACAUUCAUAACAGAUCUAAAGAUUUCACUCGCAGCUAUGACUCAAAGCAACGGUGAGAACCAGCAGAAGACCCGGAGUGGUCUCAAACAAAUCCGAGCCGGAAUCCAGUCCCGAUCAAUAAAAGCCAGACAGAAGGUGGAGAACAUGACAAAAGAUGAUGUGAAGGGAUUUUUUACCAGAAAUGCCUUUGUGAUUCUCACUGUUGCUGCAGUUAUUAUUGGUAUAAUCCUGGGAUUUGCCCUUCGGCCAUAUAACAUGUCUUACCGUGAAAUUAAAUUCUUCUCUUUUCCUGGAGAACUGCUGAUGCGAAUGCUUCAGAUGCUGGUGCUGCCCCUGCUGGUUUCCAGUCUCAUUACAGGUAUUGCUGCUCUGGACAGUCGUGCUUCUGGUAAAAUGGGAAUAAGAGCAGUUGUCUAUUACACCACUACAACCAUCAUCGCUGUUUUCAUUGGUAUUGUCAUGGUGCUCAUUAUUCACCCUGGAAAAGGAUCAAAGGAUGAGUUCUCCAAGCAGCAGCAGAUAGAGCAGGUCAGCGCUGCUGAUGCCUUUCUGGAUCUUAUCAGGAACAUGUUUCCACCUAACCUCGUGGAGGCUUGCACCAAACAGUUCAAGACGCAAUACGCCAAGCGAGUAGUUAAUGUGACGAUGACUAUAAACGACACAUUAGUCGCACCCAGUGGCACCCAACAAAUAGAGGAGAUGAUCCCUGUGCCAGGAUUGGUAAAUGGAAUCAAUGCACUCGGGCUGGUGGUGUUCUCCAUAUGCUUUGGUCUCAUCAUCGGGAACAUGAGAGAACAGGGACAACCACUAAAGGACUUCUUUGACUGCCUGAACGAGGCCAUCAUGAGGCUGGUUGCCAUAAUAAUGUGGUAUGCCCCCAUUGGUAUCUUGUUCCUGAUUGCUGGUAAGAUUGUGGAGAUGGAUGACAUUUCGGCUAUGGGUGGCCAGCUGGGAAUGUAUACAGUGACAGUCAUUUGCGGGCUGCUCAUCCACGCCAUUUUUGUCCUGCCCACUCUCUACUUCGUCAUCACCAGGAAGAACCCCUUUGUCUUCAUUGGUGGCCUGUUGCAGGCGCUCAUCACUGCUCUAGGAACAUCAUCCAGCUCUGCCACAUUGCCUAUCACCUUCAAAUGCCUGGAGGAAAACAACAAGGUGGACAAACGCGUGACCCGCUUUGUGCUCCCCGUUGGUGCCACCAUAAACAUGGACGGCACUGCUCUGUAUGAAGCCCUGGCAGCUAUUUUUAUCGCUCAGGUCAAUGACUAUCAACUUAACUUUGGACAGAUUCUCACCAUCAGUAUCACAGCUACUGCAGCCAGUAUUGGAGCAGCUGGAAUCCCUCAGGCAGGACUGGUCACCAUGGUGAUAGUGCUAACAUCUGUAGGCCUUCCCACAGAUGACAUCUCACUCAUCAUUGCCGUUGAUUGGUUCCUGGACCGGUUGCGCACCACUACUAAUGUCCUUGGGGACUCCAUUGGUGCAGGCAUAGUGGAACAUCUGUCUCGCCAUGAGUUGCAGAACACUGACCCCGAGGUGGGCAACUCAGUGGUGGAGGAGGCAGAGAAGAAGCCAUACCGGCUCAUCAACCAGGAGAAUGAGUACGAAAAUGAGCAUCCUGUCAGCAAUGAGACCAAGAUGUAAAGCCAGGGUUAAAUUUGCUGCACUGCUUUGAACCACAUUUUCAACUCUCAAAGUCCUUUUGACUUCUAAAGUUUUCAUCUGAUGAGAUCGUAUGAUUAAAGUGAUUUACAGCUAGAAUCUAUUUCAGCCAAGUGAGUUUCACUAAUGUGUGAGGCUUCCUUCACAUCCCGCACACUUGAAGUGAUUAGUAGCUUUGUGCUAUUCCUAACAGUACUAUAUGUUAUGCCAGAGGGUGGCAGCUGUUUACUAUUAAGAAUGAAAACAGAGCCCAGUGGUCCAUGGCGUGCAUGUUAUCCAACCUCUCCCAGAACUGUGAUGACUAACCUUACCCACUAGAGGCCAGUAUUGCUGUAUCGGGAAAGCAGCCCACUUGCACACAUUUUCUGGCUUUAAUUGUUUUUCAUUGGUUAUGUUUAUGAGAAAUGUUGUUAAGUGGUAGUAAAAAUCUAUCAGGAGACUUCAUGCACAUGGACUAAAUGGCCAACAUUUUUCAGCCUCUUUGGAGGAAAAAGGGCUACUACAACUUCUGUACAGUCAUUUGUGACUUUAUUUUUUAUGAUCAUUGUACAGAUAUCAGCUGAAUGAAUGAUAUAUUUACAAAAAGUCAUUUAUCCCUUAACUAUCCAAAGCAGUAUGUGCUGUCAGGCAAACAAAGCUCUCUCUCUUUCUCUCUAUAACUAUCACCUCAAUCACUAUAAUCAUAAAUAGUGACAUACCAAAACUACUCACUCGUGUUUUUUCUCUUUAAAUCUGCUUAGCUGCAGAUUCGAACUUUAAGUCAGUAGAUUUUUUUUAACCAAAAAAUGAGUCUGUAAUCCAAAUUUCUCUAUAGCUUAACAGCAACCAACAAAACAUGGUGCUGUUUCAAUAUAAAGACAGUAAUAAUGUGGUGACUGUAAGGUGGCGCCUUCAGACUGAAAAAUAAUUGCCUGGAAAAAAAAGAGUUAAAUGAUAGGUUGGAUGUUAAAUUUUCAUAUUUUUCUAGAAUACAUUAUGGUGGAUUUUUCUGAAUUCAGUUUGCUGUAGAAAGUACAAUUUUAUGUGUACUCUUCUUUGAUUUAGAUAGAGAUCUAACAGAUUUUACAUCAGAGCCUUUUAGUUUAACGCUUAGCUUUACAUUUGAGCUAAUUCAAUAUAAAGGACAUAUAGAAUGCAUAGCAGUUUCUUUGUAUAGAAGAUCCAUCUGAACAUAAUGUAAUUGUAUAGGGAAAUGUAGAUAAAUGUGUAUAUUAAUUGUAGCUUAAAAUGACAAAAGGUUACUUGAGGAUUGUAAAUGUAAAGAUGCUCUUACCAAACUAACAUUUCCUCUAGUUCCUCUUUACAAAUGCAAACGGUGCCUGAUUAAAGGACCAAAUGUUUCUCUUUACACACUUGAGGAAAAUGAAUAGAUCGUUUGUUUACAGUUGCUGGUGUCUCUCUUGAUAUGAUUUUCUCAUGAAUUCACAGGUACACAUACAGACACACACGAACAGGAAAUAAUGAGAGUUGUAGUUUUAUCUUGCAUGAUUAUUUUGUUUGUUUUGUUUUGCUUUUUUGAAUAAAAAAAAUAAAAUCU